UUGGUGCGGCUAGUGGCGGAGGGGCUGGUGCGAAAAUGUCUGAGACAAACGACAAGGAUAAAGCUGGCCACCAACUCAAGUGGCCAUCCUCGAAAGAUGACUACGAACUCGGCGAAGUGAUCGGUGUCGGUGCGACGGCCAUCGUUCACGCUGCCCUGUGUCUUCCUCGGAAAGAGCGUUGUGCCAUAAAACGAAUCAAUCUCGAGAAAUGGAAUACGUCCAUGGACGAACUUCUGAAAGAGAUCCAGGCCAUGCGAGCUUGCAACCACGAAAACGUGGUGUCGUACUACACGUCGUUCGUGGUCAAGGAUGAGCUAUGGCUGGUGAUCAGACUCUUGGCUGGUGGCAGCUUGUUGGACAUCAUAAAGCAUAGAGUCAAGACAGAAGACUGCCGAACAGGGGUUUUCGACGAAGCGACCAUAGCGACGGUCCUCCGAGAAGUCCUGAAAGGACUCGAAUAUUUCCACAACAACGGACAAAUACACCGAGACAUAAAAGCCGGCAAUAUCCUGUUAGGCGAAGACGGCACUGUCCAGAUCGCAGAUUUCGGAGUCAGUUCAUGGCUCGCCACCGGUGGGGAUCUAUCGAGACAGAAGUCCCGUCACACAUUCGUCGGAACGCCCUGUUGGAUGGCUCCCGAGGUCAUGGAACAGGUCACAGGCUACGAUUUCAAAGCCGACAUAUGGAGCUUCGGAAUCACUGCCAUGGAGCUGAUAACAGGGACAGCGCCAUACCACAAGUACCCUCCAAUGAAGGUACUCAUGCUCACACUUCAGAAUGACCCUCCCACACUAGAAUGCGUGGGCGAUGAUAAAGAUCAAUUCAAGGGCUAUGGGAAAACAAUUCGGAAAAUGAUCUCAGAGUGCCUGCAGAAAGAUCCAUCGAAAAGACCCACAGCGUCGGAAUUGUUGAAGCAUCCGUUCUUCAGGAAAGCCAAAGAUAAGCGUUACCUAGUGCAAACGUUGCUGUCUUGCGCCCCCACGAUCGAACAUCGCGCACAAAAACUCAAGCACAGUAAAAGGAACCCGGGAGCGUCUGGACGUCUUCAUAGGACUGAGACAGGAGAUUGGGUGUGGUCGGACGGAGAGGGAGGCAGCAGUGGGGAAGAACUUGAAGCUGGAAUUGUGGGCUCAGGAGUCGGUCGUGGAAGGGGAGGCGUAACUGCCGAGGAGUUGGCGGCCCGACAGGAGGCCAUCUCACGUGCUAACCAGAGCACUUCAUCAUCAGACUCCGGAACGACGGGGCCUCCAUCUCUCGGCAUAGAGAUCUCCGCCUCGCCACGACCUGCGAAUGGAACUGUAAGUGAAAACCUCUCGGGAAUUCGUGGUCCUGUGAAUCCUUCGUUGGCAGCAGCUGGUACUGCACCAACUGAAGUCUCCACAGCUGCCUUGUCCGUAUCGGGCUUAGCUUCUCCGGUAGCCAACCAACCUGUUGUGGAACUCGCCUUGAGGAUACGAAACGGGAGGAAAGAGCUCAACGAUAUCAAGUUCGAAUUCACAAGAGAAAAGGAUACGUCAGACGGAAUCGCUGCAGAACUCGUCGGUGCAGGGCUCGUGGAUGGGAAGGAUAAGGUUAUUGUGGCUGCGAACCUACAAAAGCUUGUGGAUGGUACCUCUAAUGUCAAAUCUCUAAUUUUCCCUCUGACCACCGAUUUUGAAGCUAUGCCAGUUCCUGACCAGCGGACCCUGAUGGGAUUCGCGCAGCUUUCCAUUGUGGAGUGACAACUCCGAUAGGAGUUCGAUGCUCAAACGGGCAUCUCAUUGCUCCUAGAAGAGCUGAUGCUGUUCCAAAUCACUUGAAUGUAGAGGAUUUCGAGAGCCCGGACUGAAUCUGGAAGAGAGGGACACCCGUGCAGACGUCACGCUUCGGAUCGAGAGAAUUCGUCUGAUCUGCCCAGCUUAAACCUUCAUCUCUCAAGCCGAGUCCAUGUACAAACAAAGCAGCUGGCUCUGUGCUGCUGUGGGUUCAUGAAGAUGAGUCCUGUUUCGUGAGAUAAACAUAUAUACUUAUAUGCAAGGUUCCAGUGGGGUUUGCGUAGUGGAAUCUAGGGAGUACUACUUAAGAUCUUCGUCCGGAGUCGGGAUGCCUUCAGGUUCAGAGCCAUCGAGAUCCACCUCACCUCAAUUCGCUAGCUAAUUUCAACGCCGUCGAUUCCUAUCCAGAACGUUGUAGUGAAACUCGGUUUAUGUGAUUUUCCUGCGAAAGGAGACGAGGGGUAGGUACACCUAGCUAGGUGUACUGGCUUGUGAAAGCUCCUAUUCCGUUGGGGGAGGGGGGAACGAAAUCUCUUCAGUAAGUCUGGAUUCCGUUAGAGCCUCCAUUUGCGGAAUAUUGAUUAUAAUGAUGAUGACAAGGUAGGAGGAUGAUCAGGGCUCUGCUGAAAUCGAAGAAAUGCUUUAUUUUCGGGGAGGGUGACGACGAGAUAGUCCUUUGGUGAAUUGAGGAAUAUCGCCUCACGUACACUUAGCUUUCUGGACGUCCGAAAGGAAUCGCACUAGUUUUGACGCAGAAACGGUGAUUGUACACUAGAUCUCCGUGACCAUUAUCUGUGUACGGAGUUUCCUAUACGAAUGAUGAUGACUACUUGUGUUGCUGAUUCA